GUUCUCGUUUCUUCCCGCUUAGCUUGGCUGACAUGCUUGGACACCCGCAGUCUGGCGGUCUGGAGCACAAGGUCUCGAAAGGUCUCGAUAUUCACCAUCUUGCUCUUGCUUCGCGGAAUUCUCUCUGCAUACCCUAGUCUUGAAGAGGUCUGGAACUGUGUGUUUGAUGGAACACUCUCUUGUCCGGUCGUUUGCAACAUCUUGCGAAGAGUGACGCAUGCACCAGUAAGUAUGCUAGUGAUCAAACCUGUGCAAUUUGCCCCAAGAUCUGGACCCAACUCUGGCCACUUCUCCCCAAGAUAUGCACGCCCCCCACCCCCCAAUGAAUUGCCUAUAAAUGAUAUAAGUGCUCAACUGCAGCAUAGAUCUCAGAACGUGUCUCGAGAUGGCGGAGCCCAACAGCCCCGAGGUUAAGUCCUAUGUCGCGCACCUCAUCAAGAACAGCAAGUCGCGUCAGGCGGUAUCAUGGACAAACUGGAUGGGCGAAGUGAUCUGGUUUCACGCCAUACUCCUCACUCUUGUUCCCCUUUUCGGGGCGAUCGGCGCGUACUACACUCCUCUCCGGUGGGAAACGGCGCUGUUCUCGGUGGCAUAUUACUUCUACACGGGGCUGGGGAUCACGGCGGGAUAUCAUCGGCUGUGGGCGCACAGGUGCUACAAUGCGGGGCCUUUGCUGCAGUACAUUCUCGCACUCGGUGGAGCAGGCGCCGUUCAGGGCUCCAUCAAGUGGUGGUCUCGCGGCCAUCGGUCCCAUCACAGAUACACCGACACGCAGCUGGACCCAUACAACGCCGAAGAAGGCUUUUGGCACUCUCACAUCGGGUGGCUCGUCAUCAAAGCUCGUAUUCGCCAAGGCCCUGUCGACAUCAGUGACCUGAAGAAGAGUUCGGUUGUCCAGUGGCAGAAUCGACAUUAUUACGUGCUGAUCCUGCUCAUGGGUUUCAUCGUUCCGAGUGUCAUCCCGUGGAUUUUCUGGGGUGAUCUGCGGGGCGGCUACAUCUACGCUGGAUUGCUCCGGCUUACCUUCGUCCAUCACUCCACGUUCUGUGUGAACUCGCUCGCCCACUGGCUUGGAGAGGCGCCGUUUGAUGACAAACACACCCCUCGCGACCACGUCCUUACUGCAUUCGUCACGAUUGGCGAGGGAUAUCACAAUUUCCACCACCAGUUCCCGACAGAUUACCGUAACGCGAUCAAGUGGUACCAAUAUGAUCCCACGAAGUGGACCAUUUGGAUCUGCCAGAAGCUCGGGCUGGCGUCUCAUUUGAAGACUUUCCCGGAGAACGAGGUCCGCAAAGGCCAGCUGACCAUGCAGCUGAAGCGCUUGAGAGUGACGCAAGAUGCUCUCGUGUGGCCGACGGAUAGCAAUGACCUGCCUGUUAUCAAUUGGGAAUCUUAUCAGAAGCAGUCCGCCGAGCGACCGCUCGUUCUCAUAUCUGGAUUCAUCCAUGACGUUACCAACUUCAUCGACGAGCAUCCAGGCGGCGCUCAUGUCGUUGUUAAAUAUAUCGGGAAAGAUGCAACUGCGGCUUUCUUUGGUGGGGUCUACGAUCAUUCCAACGCAGCUCACAAUUUGCUCGCGAUGAAGCGUGUGGGAGUCUUGCAUGGCGGAGUUCCUCACAUCUCAGAUGAUCAUGCGAUUCCGCCCUCACAAAGAUUACGGAUAGCGCGAUAUUCCGAGCUGGGAUCGAGCUCUGCAUAUUCAGAUGGCGAAUCCGGACUGCUUUGACGCUUCUGAGAGUUUGGAGAAAACAUAACGUGAAUUCAUCAGGGAUAGAGACGUAUUAGAGUAUCAUAUUUGUACAGGAAAUGGAAAGCGGAUUCGAACCGAUAAGGUGC